CCGUCGUACCUACUCCGGCGAUAACUUCAGGUUACGGCGCGCCGCUUGUGUAGAAAACACAUGUUAACGGUACCGUUGUGGUAGUAGCCUUCGUAAAGCUUUUAAAUGUGUGCAACCGAAUGAUUCAGUGAAAAACAGUGCUCGAAUUAAAUUCGAAAGAUUGGGCAAUGUACAAUACGGCAGGACUGAUUCCGGCCAGGUUUUUAAUUUUAAUUGCUCAUUUUACAAUUUGCGUUUCUUUGUUAUGGAACAGCAGGGAGAGUGUGAAGUCUUGUUUGCCGGAAAUGAUAACAGAGCAAGCAUUCAACAGUCACCGUACACAGAAAUAUCUGUGACGAAACCAGGAUGGUCAAAAAUUCUGUUAUUGGCCGGUGCCUCCACAACAAUAGGAUCCUCGUUAUGCGUUGGAUUUCACAUUGGAGUUGUGAACACUCCAGCUGACAUUAUCAAAACCUUUUGCAACGAAAGCAUACAUUCUAAAUAUAAUGUAGAUCUAUCAGUAGGGGCCUUAGACUUUUUAUGGUCUUCCAUAGUUUCCAUAUUUUUGGUGGGUGCGGCGAUUGGGUCUUUGGGUGGUUCAGUACUAGCGGAUAAAACUGGCAGGAAAGGGAGUCUGAUUAUUAGUUCGGUUUUGGGAGCUAUUGGAGGGUUACUGUUUGUCAUUAGCAAGUCAGUUAAUUCCGUUGAGACGAUCAUCUUGGGUCGCCUUUUGGUUGGACUAUCAUCAGGUUUAAUUACAUCGGUUAUGCCUAUGUAUUUAACGGAGUUGGCACCUUUACAUUUGCGGGGAACCACCGGGGUUCUCUGUCCGUUAGGAGUCACGUCAGGUGUCCUCGUAGCCCAAAUUUUGUCUGUUGAAACCAUUUUAGGUAAUGAGUCUCAAUGGCCCUUUUUGCUGGGAUGUUAUCUGGUGCCUUUAAUAUUAUGCGGCGCUGCCAUGCCAGUACUUCCAGAAAGUCCGAAAUAUUUAUACGUUAUUAAAAAGCAACAUCACCUCGCCUUAAAACAAUUAUGUAAAAUACGAAACACCACAGCGGAAUUCCUUGCCGAUGAGGUUCGGGAACUGAAACAAGAGGAAGAAGACAAUACGUCCAGUGAAGGCAAAGCUUGGACAAUCGGCAAAGCCCUUCGUUCUAAAGAGCUGUUAAUGCCUUUACUGCUUGUUAUUUCACUACAGGCAGGUCAACAGCUAAGUGGGAUUAACGCCGUCUUUUAUUAUUCAUCGAAAAUUUUCUUAGGAGCGGGUUUAUCGAGGGAAAGCAGUGAACUAGCUACAAUUGGAGCAGGUGUGUGCAACUUGCUUAUGGCCAUCCUUUCCAUCCGAGUUAUGGCUAUGUUCGAUAGAAGGACUGUACUUCAAAUUAGCCUUUCCACUACCGCCUUCUUUUUGGUUUUGUUGGGAGUAGCGAUUAGUAAUAUGGAUGCCUACAAGUGGAUGCCAUACGUAAGCAUAUUGGGUAUCAUGGGUUUUGUGGUGUGCUACGGCAUAGCCCUAGGACCAAUACCAUACUUUAUUGGUUCGGAGCUGUUCGAAGUUGGUCCCAGACCUGUUGCGAUGGCAUUGGGGAGUAUGGCAAAUUGGGGUGGAAACUUUUUCGUCGGCCUACUGUUUCCUAUCAUGCAGAAUGGUAUUGGUGCUGCGUCAUUUUAUAUUUUCGCAUUUAUCGUUGUUUUGUUGUACAUAUUUACAAGAAUAUAUCUACCAGAAACGAGAGGCAAGGACCCAAGUGAAGUAGCCCAUUUGUGCAAAGAUGGGUUUUCGUCGAAGCUAUUUGAAUCACCAAUAAGUUCCUCAGGUACUGAGGAAACGUUUCCAAUAUCGGAAGUGAAAAACGAAGCCUAAACCAAGUUACAAUUAAGAUAUGCUUUUAUUUUUAUACAAAUGAUAUAAUGUGAUACUUCAGUCAAAUUCAUAAAACCUUCUGAUAAACAUAAAUUACAAAUUGUUAUUACAAGCGAUGAUAAAUGUUUGAAAUAAAUGUUAUGGUAUUCAUUAA